AUGAAUAAACCUGUAGAAGUUUUUGUUCCCCAUUUGAGGCGUACAGGAAAUUCGAACAAAAAAUUAAAACAAGAUGGACAGGUAGUGUCCAUGAAGGAAAGCGCCAACAUCAAUCUGCACGAUGAUGGUGAUGAUGGUGAUGAUGGUGAUGAUGGGUAUGCUAAUGAUAACCUCCCUGGUGAAUUCCGCACAAAGGGGGAUAUCCCCCCCGGAGGACAAAAAGGAAGGAAAAAAAGAAUGUUCAAAAUUAAGAAAAAAAAAUCACUUACACCAUUGCAUAAUGAUGAUUUUUCCCAAGAGGAGCAAGGGAGAGUUUCGGAUGUGGCUCUCCAGUCAUUUACAAUAACAAAGAAGGAAAGGCAUUCUCCACUGCUCGGCAAGGGGGUCGUCGAGAGCUCCAACAUCGAGCUGACGAGCAAACUGAGCAACAAAUUGAACCCCACCUUGUCCCUGGUCGCCUCCAAAGCCGUGGACGGAAUUCUCGGUGGUGUCCAUAAACACAUGCAAGGCCCCUUUUCUCUAGACCUCGACGGAAGUAAUAACUCUCCGCUAGCCAAUCCAAUUGUCACUCCAAAUUUAUACUCAAACCUCCAAAAUCCAUUCAAUAUGAGCAAUGGCAUCCCCCCCACGGGUGCUCCUCCCCCCACCGCACCUGCCCCUAUGGCUCUUCCCACUCAGGCGGCACAAGUGUCUCUCCCUAAUGCGCAGCCCCAACCCCCCAGUGUCCCCACAGCAACGGCAGCGCCCCCCAUUACAUCCCCAGUGGCUUCUCCAAAUGCACCAGCUCCACCCCCCGCCAGUGUAGGAGUGCCCCCCACACCGGGGAUCCAGCUUGCCACGAACGCAAUCGCAUACCCACAGAUGAGUAUGCAAAAUCUUAUGUCAGCAAAUCAGAUGGCCCAAAACCCUGCCUUCAACAUACAUCCCACUGCUACCAAUUUAAGGGAUGAUCCAGGGAACGUAAAUUACAAUGAAGUCGUCACGAUAACAAUUGGCAUCAUCAUUUGCCUCUUCCUCUUCUGUUUCGUCUUUGGUUGCUUCGUGAAGAUGUGCAAACCUGGGAAGAGACGCCGUUGA